AUGAAUAUCGAUGAACCCUUGACGUCACACGUCCGUCCUGCCACAGAUGUUAUUCUCACUGUCCGUAUAGUGAAAUCGUUCCCCUACAGAAAUGUCAAGAACCACGUCUUAUCGUCGGUGAACUUGAAAGAAACAACCCCAUCGGAUCUAAUCAAGUUGGUUCGCAACACUAUAAACACUUCCGGCGGCUUGAGACCAUACCGUAACGUCACAUAUGACACCCUUAAGAUCUACACCAAGGCCCACGGCUCCAAGUCCAUGCAAUUGGUCAUAAACUUGGACCACGACGACGACUGGGUUUUGUUCUGCGAAGACGCUUCUAAUCUUAUCGCAGGAGAAGAAAAGUCUUUGUACGAAUUAGGUGUCGAGAACGAAACCGAAAUCAGCAUGUUCAAUUGGUCCGAAUACCAGAAGUUCAAGGAAAACCCCGAAGAAAAAUGGUAA